AAAUGCAACACCACCAUGUAGACAUGUCCGCGGUGUACCGUGGUGAAGUUAGUUUCACGUUGGACGUUGGAUAUUCGGCUCCGUAGCUACAGCGGCAGUUCCCCCUCACGGUGCCCGGACUCACGCGCAGUGGCGGAGCUACGUGGUGGAGCUACGUGGUGGCCCUUGGUCACUCUCUGGCGACCCCACUAAGCAUCCCUAUAAGUCAGGGGAUGCUGCUGUGUGUGCCCGCUAAUAUUGUGCCCUCCUUGUCAUUGUUCCACAGGCUGCCAGUGUGAACACAUGCCCCACAGCUGGGAGAGGGGGGGUCGACACAGAAGGGCGGCUCAAUUUCUGGGGGCACCAGACCAAACAUGUCCUCCCCGGUGUCCAGACGGAACAGUUGCCGUGGAAGUCAGUGUGGAACUCGGUCAUCAUCAUCAUCGGAAUGUCGCCGCCGGCCCUCCAACUGCUCUUACUUGGCUCCUGGAGCUCAAAGCGAAGAGCUCUCUGUAAGCUUGAGCCAACCGAUGUUUACGAUCACACUGCGCUUCUUGUUGGCCAUCGAUCUGUGGCUGAGCAAACGGCUCGGUGUGUGCGCCUGUGAGGGUUCUCCAUGGGGCAGCAUACGGCCUCUGGUGAGGCUGGUGGAAUUCUCCGGGCAUGUUGUCCCCUGGCUUGUCGGCACUCUGUACACGCUCCUCCGUGGACACACCGUGGCUGAGCAGGAGAUCAUGCUGAAUUUGGUGCUGGCUUUGCUGUUGGAUCUACUGCUGGUCAGACUCGUCAAGACUCUGGUCCGACGUCGAAGGCCCGCCCAGAACCGCACAGACAUCCUCUCCACAUUUUUCAUCGAGCGCUACUCCUUCCCCUCAGGCCACGCCACACGAGCCGCCAUGUGCGCCCGCUUCCUAUUAGCCCGGCUGGUGGACACCAGCUCCAUGCGAGUGCUGGUGCUGUGUUGGGCCGGCCUGGUCAGCAUGUCCCGAGUGCUGCUGGCCCGCCACUAUGUGACAGAUGUGGGCUUCGGUUUGGUAAUGGGUUACUGUCAGUACAACCUUGUGGAAAGGUUAUGGGUGACAUGGGACUGCCUGCAGGACCUGCAGCUCGUGAGUCUGCAGGAGAGACUGAACAAGGCUUAUGGCAGACUCUGGAUGGCCAAUUGGAAACAUUAGGGCCGGAGAAAAUGAGUGGGAAUAUAAAAAAAGGGAAUAUGUACUGACUGCAUGAGUCCGUAAAUACAAAAAUCUUUAGUGUUUGGAUGAAAUGAAUCUUAUCAUCACACAUGUGAUUUGUUUGCCUGCUUUCAUGUGUAGGUUUGUUUUUUUUGGUUGAAUUUAUGUGCUAUGUAGUUCACUGAUAUGUUUAUUGCUGGCACCCAAUUUAACAAUGGUGUACAAAUGCACCACAUUAUACUGAGGUGUUCCUAAUAUUCAAGUCAUUCAUUCAAGUGGUGAGGUUCGAUUAUCACUCCCUCACUAUAGUGCGUUUUUUUUCAGAAAUUAAUUAAUACAUGAUCACGUUUUUUUGGUAGACUAUGGUCUUUUAUUAGUCAAAACAUAUUGAAAUUAGGGCUGUCAAUUGAUUAAAAUAUUUAAUAGCGAGUAAUUGAAUUUUGUCCAUAGUUAACUCAUAAUUAAUCACACUUAAUUGUAGCUAGAAAUAAGUAUUGUUGUAAAUCUAUUUGUGGUAAACAGUUUGAUAUGCAACUACGAUAACUCCAUCAUAUUUUAUAUAAGGUAUUAUAAAGGUUGGAAAUAUGGGCCAUUUUAGUAAAAAAAUAAUAUACAUUUAGAAAUCCCCCAGUUUUUGCAUGUUUAAUGCGAGCAGCGUUUUGUCCCACUUUGUAUACGGUCCCUGAACGCACCUUCUAACUUUGUCCCACCCUGUACAGAUAAGACUACUAUAAGGCUCUCAGUCGUACAGGAGUUGUCCAACGAGGGAAAGGCUUCUUGAGAUGUCAUCUGUACUUCUGUGAAGAAGGUGUCGGACGUUUCGCUCCUCAUCCGAAGAGCUUCGUCAGCGAACUAAGUAAUGACACAAAACAUUGAGACCUUCCUUACCAUACAUUAACACCGCAUGUCAGCCAUGGCGUGUCCGACAUGAUAGAGUGAAAAAAUGUUCUCGCCCCAUUCCGUGUGGAAGUGGUAAGUUUUUGGUCCCUUAAGUUUAGAAGAAAUAAAUUUGAGGCUAAUUGGACAGCUUGCUAGCUCACUAACUCGCUAGCUUGCUUGCUAGCGUCCGUCUCGAGUGCCUGCAGCAUAAUAGUUGCACAAUAUGUUGUGAACAAGAGUGUAAAGGUGACUAUAUGGGUGUUAUUUCAUGUCUAGAGGCCUCUAAUAAUGUUUAAAACCGUAUUUAGUCAUAAACAGUUUUUUAUGCUAUAUCUACAAAAAUAUUCUAUUUAUUAACACUGAAUCCAAAAUGUCAUCUGCAACCAAUUAACCGUGAUAAAUGAGGGACGACUGUAUUUAGUCUGUUAUAAUAAAAUAAAAAUAAGAAUUAUUAAUGCAGAGAAGACACAGACUGGCUCUAAGGAUAAAUAAUUAAUAGAUAUUGAAAAUUUUUUUGUGGGAAGUCACUGCAUCCUAUUUUAUUAUAAACCAUGACUUCAUUCCGCCUGUGUAAUGUUUUUAAAUAAGUGCGGCAUCAUUGUUCCUGCUCAUCCGUACGAAUCGGACAAUAAAACGGAGCACUAUCAUGUUGUGCUGCAAUACUCUGUCUCACCGUAGAGGGGUGGGGGCGUGCGUGAGCUGGAAGUUCUUGUCGCUGCCAGCCUUCCUUUUUUAACUUUAUUGAACUACAUAAACAGCAUCGCAAGCUAGAGCUAGAUUUGGCAACAAGUUAAAUGCAUUAAAUGUAUUUUAUGCUGUGCUGAAUGAGUGAAUUAAUUUGACUACCAGGAUGGAAGAUUAUACUGCAUAUCCAAGCUAAAAACAAAAAAAGAUAUAUCUGUACUGUACUUCCAGACAAAGGUAGGUAGGGUACAUGAAGCAGCUCAGUAAUAAACAUUGUUAGACAAAUGCUUCUUUACCAGUGUCAGUCAAAAGAUUAAUAACGUUGUAUAUUUUAAUACAGUUUUUAAUGUCUUUAAAUUGUACUUCAGUUGGUGGUUCUUCACAUCCGUCAUAUAUUGCACACUAGUGCUGUGUAUGAUAGUCUAAGUGCUUUCAGGUGCGGCCAACUCAUGCAAGUUUCCAUCAGCUGUUGCUGUCUCCUUACUGUU